AUGCCUCUGAUCGACGACAUACAGGGUGUUCUUCCCGAGGAUUUGCCCAAAGAUCUAUCAAAAUACCUACUCUUUGAUAAAGUGCGCAGUCGUUGGGUGAUUGACAAUCCAGAGGAGGAAGACUCUUUCGAGUUUAAUCCUAUCUUAGAGCGUUGGGUACCUGUUAUUCAGGAUUAUCAAACCGAGAAGAGACCUCAUGAUGAAGUAAGCAAUCCCGAAGAUUUGAAACGUGAGAAGCGUCAACGGCUCGAAGAAUUGAAACGAGAGAAAGAGGAAUUGAGGCAGUAUCGGCAAAAGAGAAAUUGUUGCAUCUAUGUUAGUCAGGUUCCCAAAGACAUCACUUUCGAGGAACUGGAGGCGAUAUUUGGCAAAUAUGGAGUUCUCGCACAGGAUUUGCGCACAGAAUCCUCUAAAAUCAAAAUGUAUAAGGACGAGGAAGACCACUUCAAAGGCGACUGUCUAAUAGAAUAUCUGAAAGAAGAGAGUUGUGAUCUUGCAAUCGGAUUGUUGGAUGAUACAAAGCUUCGACCCGCAGAUGAAUCUCCCAUUCGAGUUUCAAAAGCUGAGUUUAGCAAUCAAACAGAGCCGAAACCUCGAGUAAAAAUGAAAACUAAGGAACGUCUGCAGCUCAAGAAGAAAAUUGAACGGAUACACAAGAAAUUGCACGAUUGGUCUGACACGGAGGAAGAUGAUGAAACAAGGCGAUUGAGAGAGGAAAGGACGCUAAUUUUCAAGCACUGUUUCACGCUCAAAGAACUUGAGGACGAUCCGGGAGCAAUAUUAGAUAUCAAAGAGGAUAUACGAGAAGGUUGCGAAGAAAUUGGCGACGUUACAAACGUUGUCUUAUAUGACCUUGAAGAGGACGGAAUUGUCAGUGUUCGAUUCAAGUCCGCCGUAGCUGCAAACAAUUGUAUUUCCAAGAUGAACGGAAGGUACUUUGGAGGCCACAGGUUACAAGUGGAGAAGUAUGAUGGAGUAACUCAGUAUAAAAAAAGCACAGGAGAUGCUGCCGAGGCAGAUAGAUUAGAUAAGUUCGCGCAAUGGGUUGAAGGUAAAUAG